AAAAUAAUUUUAAUUCAAGCUCACUUUUUUUGACACUUUUAAUAUACGCACGCCCUCAUCCGGAAGCAAAAACAGCGUUGAGGAAUCGUCUUUCUCUUCUCCUUCCUAAUCUUGCUCUCCGGAUCGAUCGCCCCUUCCACUCUUUCCUUCUCUUGAGCGGGGAACUGCAAAAAGGAUGGCGAAUAGUUCGUUCAAGCUGGUUCAUGACUUUGAGAAGAGACGAGCCGAGGCUGCUAGAAUUAGAGAAAAGUACCCGGAUAGAAUUCCGGUAAUUGUGGAGAAGGCUGAGAGAAGUGAUAUAACAAACAUUGACAAGAAAAAAUAUUUGGUUCCUGCAGACUUGACAGUAGGCCAAUUUGUUUAUGUGAUUCGUAAGAGAAUCAAAUUGAGUGCAGAGAAAGCCAUUUUUAUAUUUGUCGAUAACGUGCUUCCACCAACAGGUUCUGUUAUGUCAAAAAUAUAUGAAGAAAAGAAAGAUGAAGAUGGAUUUCUUUAUGUCACAUACAGUGGAGAGAAUACAUUUGGUAUUCUCACUUCAAACCUUCAUUAAAUAGAUUGCAGUAGAAGUUCAAAAUUUGUUUCUGCUGUUUUCAUGUCUUGCCACAAUUAAUAAGUUGUACAGCUUGAUUUCUGUAAAUAAUUUAAUGGGAUCGCCUGUACUGUUGAACACUAAUUUCCUGAAUAAUCAGAUCUUCUGUCGAUCUUUAUGUUCUUUGUGAUUUCUGUAAAUAGUUUAAUGAGAUCUUCUAAUACU